AUGAUAUGCCCUCGCCGAGUCAACGACACCGAGUAUGUAUGGCAUCCCCAACCAAAUUCGGGUGAUCAAUCUGAUAUCAACACUUACGUGUAUGGUAACGGCAAGUUGAUCUCCGUUCACGUUUCGGAUGUGGUGCGCAGUGAAUCCAGUAGUCCACUUAUACGGUUCGAAUCCAAUGCGUCACAAACAACACUGAAAUUCAACUUUCCAAUUGACGAUAUAUAUGCCAUUGCCGAUCACCGCUUGAUCUUCAUUUGUGGUCCACGAAAUUUGGUUUUGAGUGAUGCAUUGCAACGCCGCCUUUACCGCAUCGAUGGGUAUGGUCAACUGCAAGCACUUCCUUGGGAUUCAUCCACGCCAUUGUCUCAGGAAAUUAAGAAAUUAGGUAAGGGUCUGGGUGCGUUUUACUUGAACAGGGGGCUCCUUCAUCUGCCUCUUCACGGCUGUGGUAGUCGUCCCUCACCAUUGUUCAAUGGAGAAACCGCAGUGACUGUGGAUGCUAUCACUGGGGUCCGUUCAUGUGUCGCUAAUCCUAUGUCUACAUUGCGUAUAGCAUUCCUUUGCGAAGGCCGAGUAGAACCUGACGAUUGCAUGAGGUCCCUCUUGUACACAAAUGGAGAAGUUGCGUAUGCCCCUUCUCCCUAUUAUUAUUGGAAUUUCGAGAACUACAGACCUUGGGUAAUAGCUAAGUAUUUUAAUGACUUAGCAUUACCGCCCAUCAAUGGUGAAUGCAGGUGCGUAGAUUCCGAAACGGGUCAGGUAAAGGCCAAGAUAGAGAUCCGCUCUGAAACUGAGUACAUCUGUGACAUUACAAGUAACAUUUUCCGCAACAAAGUCCGCCCCAUCCGUGGUCCUUGGUGUUCGGUGGUACUUCAUCCAGGCAGUACAUUGACCAUAAAGUUCCCAAUAGAGAGUGUCUAUAAGGAGUCUACUGACGACGUUUUUCCCACUGUCCCAUUCUCGCAACUGCCGUCCAUCUACGAAUACGAAACUGACUUCUCCCCAAAAGACUUGAAUACGCUGUGGCAACUGAGAACACUCGAUGAAAUUGAUGUUUGCAGCGAAAUAUCGUAUGAAAGAGUUCUUGCUGGCGAUUCCCUUGAGUUGGACGCCACCCAAAUGUUCCGGGGGGAGGUGACUCUGAAGUAUCAUCCGGACAAACCUCUUGCAUUACGACAGGGGCACAACUCCUUCUUUUAUCAUUGGACUUUGAAAUCUAGAAACGAAAAUGUUCCGGAUUGGAUUCUUGCCAUCGUAAAUGUGUCUUUCGCGUUUACCCAUCGCUAUGGGAUCAUCGGUUGCGACCGAAGGACACCAAGUGUGUUUGAUCAAUAUGCUAGCAGGAAUUAUUGUUCGAACAAACGAAUGGGGAAUGGCAUAGGGGAUACGUAUGAGUGUUCAUUACAUAUUGUGAGAGAUGAUAGGCAGGCCGGCAUUUACUGCGGACCUGAUGAAGAGUUGUCGCCAAACAAUUGUGAUUCCGCAGGAUACGACCUACAGUCCAAUAGAGUUACGCCAUACCCUGCGUCUAUGCGUAAGGCGGCAUCUCACCCCAUUCGAGGAUUCCAGGUGUUUGACUUUGUUUUUAGAAACGAUAUCCCUCUCAGCUACGCCUGCAUAUGCGUCGAUAAACGCGGGUACGAAAAGUCCAGGCUCAUUUUGGAAUCCAACCGUCAGGACAGAUAUGCCUACACAGUACGCCGAGAAGCGGCAUUUCGCACGUUACUCCCUUACAUAUUACUCCCCUGGCGCGAAGCAGGAAUGUCAAGUGAGUGGCUUACAUCACCAAAAUCUCUCAUCCUACACAACAUAUAUCCAAAAUCAGUUGUGCUACACGCGGGCACAACGCUGUCCAUGACUUGUGUUUUUGAUCCCGAUGUUCAGAACGCUGCAAACAAUGGAUAUAUUACAACGACAUGGCUUCCCAUGCAGCCCGAGGUUUUCUAUUACGCCGUGAAUGAAACCACACAUGGGCGCGAGCUUGUUCGUAAGAGGUACAGUGAUGCGAUAGCUACUACUCCAGGCGACCUGGAAAUCAGGUACCAAGACAUUGGCAGGAGGCCUUGGUAUCACAUUCUGAUGAUGAAAUCGAGUAGGGGAGCCAUCUUAAUAUCUAAGGAUCCCCAAAACACGAAAUACCUGUCCAUGGCAUACGUUUGCGGUAAGGCGCCCGAACCAUCAGACUUAUCCAUCAACACUGGUGAUGCAUCCACGUCAGACUUAUGUCGACAACAAUUCUUCAAUGCUACAGUAUCUUCCGCCAGAUACACUUGGCAUGUCGUUGAAGUUGCCGUCAAGACUACGGACCCGUAUAUGCAAGGCUGCGGCGUUACGUACGAGUCCACUGACCUAUUCAAACCGGAGACACCCCAACUCUACGACUCUGACGGACAGCCUCAGUUCGGUUGCCGGAUCGAUCUCCAAGAUGCCAAGGAAGCCGCGUUUUACUGCCCAGCACCGUACCUCCUGGACCCACCCAAUUGCCUCAACCAUGUUUACGUCGGCGGGAUAGUGAAGAACACUCGUGACAUCAGCGAAUCGUUGGUAGCGUCGCGAUCCAACCACUUCGUCAUCCUCAGUUUUGAUGGUUCUCUUGUAGGAACUGGGGAGACACUGGGCCAGACGCCUCCGUUGGAGUGCCGGUGCGUCACCACAAAGGGUGUCAUCCUCUCAACCAUACAGAUCGAAAACUACUACUCAAAGUAA